AUGGGUGAAGCCAAGAAGACCGACGACUAUGCCGUCGACAUGGAUAAGUUGGAUAAGCUGGAUCAAGGCAACAAAGAAUUCGAGGCCGCUCCUCCUCCACAGCCUCGUCCUGCUCCGUCUAGCAAUGCCUCUAACAACCCUGCCUUGCCUGUUCUUGCAUACUGCGGUUCGUCCAUCUUGAUGACCGUUAUGAACAAGUAUGUUCUAUCGGGUCUGGACUUCAACCUCAACUUCCUGUUGCUCAUGGUUCAGUCUCUUGUUUGUAUCGUGGCGAUUCAGACUUGCAAGUCUAUGGGCUUUAUCACUUACCGUGACUUUAGCACUGACGAGGCACGGAAAUGGUUCCCCAUUACUCUCCUGUUGAUCGGCAUGAUCUACACUGGCUCCAAGGCCCUCCAGUUCCUUUCCAUUCCCGUUUAUACCAUCUUCAAGAACUUGACCAUUAUUCUCAUCGCCUACGGUGAGGUCCUUUGGUUCGGUGGUUCUGUCACCAGCAUGACCCUCUUCUCUUUCGGCUUGAUGGUUCUCAGCUCUAUCAUUGCCGCCUGGGCUGAUAUCAAGCACGCCGUUGAGAGCAGUGGUGACACCUCCAGCAAGGUCUCGACCCUGAAUGCUGGUUACGUUUGGAUGUUGAUCAACUGCCUCUGCACUUCUUCUUACGUUCUGUGCAUGCGCAAGCGCAUUAAGCUGACCAACUUCAAGGACUUCGACACCAUGUUCUACAACAACUUGCUGUCCGUCCCCGUCCUGAUCGUCGCCACCCUCCUGGUCGAGGACUGGUCCGCCGCUAACCUGGCCCGUAACUUCCCCGAGGCCAACCGCAACGGCAUCUACCUUGCUAUGAUCCUGUCGGGUCUGUCAUCCGUCUUCAUCUCCUACACCUCCGCUUGGUGUGUGCGUGUUACCUCGUCCACCACUUACUCCAUGGUCGGUGCCCUGAACAAGCUCCCUAUCGCUGUGUCUGGCCUGAUCUUCUUUGAUGCUCCUGUUACCUUCCCUAGCGUGUCUGCCAUUGGCGUUGGUUUCGUCUCCGGUAUUGUCUACGCUGUGGCCAAGAUCAAGCAGAGCGCCAAGCCCAGAACUGGUGUUCUGCCUACUUCCAACCCACUGGUUAGCGCUAGCAGCCAGAGCAUGCGUGACUCGCUGCGCUCUUAA